AUGCUCCGAAAGCUUUAAAUAUUUAAAAAUUUUUGCACUUAUGAACAUUGGUAAAAUAAAAAUAAAGUUGCGUUAUUUUCAUCAAAAAGCUAUGAUUAAUUGUUCUUUGAAAAAGUAAACAAUUAAUUACCCAAGAAAUAAAGGUUAGAAAUAGAAUAUUUUCCAUAAGAAAUUAACGAAAAAACAGCUAUAUUAACAUAAGGUUUUAAUACAAUAAUACCGUUUGUAAACGAUAAGUUAAAUGCAAAAUGUCUAACUACCCUAAAAAAUAACGGAGUUGACUUAAUUGCUUUAAGAUGUGCAGGUUUUAAUAAUAUUGAUUUAAAAAAAGCAUAAGAAUUAGAUAUAAAAGUAGUCAGAGUACCAGCUUAUUCACCUUAAGCAGUAGCAGAACAUACUAUGGCUCUUUUAUUAACAUUAGUAAGGAAAAUUCAUAAAGCAUAAAAUAGGACAAAAGAAGGAAAUUUUUGUCUUGAAGGACUUUUAGGAAUAAAUUUAUAUCAAAAAAAAGUUGGAGUAAUAGGAACUGGAAAAAUUGGAUAGGCUUUUAUGUAAAUUUGCAAAGGAUUCGAAAUGAAUAUUUUAUGUUAUGAUGUUUAAUCUGACAAAAAAAUUGAGGAAAAAUAUAAUGCUAAAUAUGUAGAUUUGAAAACACUUUUAUAAUAAAGUGAUAUUAUUUCUUUACAUUGUCCAUUAAAUUAUGAUACUUAAUAUAUCAUUGAUAGAAAAUCACUAGAAUUAAUUAAAGAAGGUGCAUAUAUUCUCAACACUGGAAGAGGUAAACUUAUUAGAACUGAUGAAAUUAUUAAUUCUUUGAAAUCUGGAAAAUUAGGUGGUGUAGGAAUAGAUGUUUUCGAAAAUGAGGAAAACUUCUUCUUUUAAGAUUCGAGUGAAAAAGUAAUUAAUGAUGAUGAUUUAGCUAGAUUACUAAUGUAUCCUAAUGUUAUUGUGACAGGGCAUUAGGCUUUUUUUACUUAGGAAGCUAUAAAUGCAAUUUGUUAAGUGACAGUUAAUAAUAUUUUAUAAAUAAGAAAUAACGAAAAAUGUGAAAAUCAAAUAUUUUAUAAAGAUGAUAGAGAAUGA